GCUCAUUGUGCCCCGCAGCUGCUGAACCGCCAGCCCGCCCGCCAGCCGCCCGCUCGGCGCUUCAGUCUGCGAGAGUCCGGCGGUGGGUGCGGAGCCUGCGGUCGUCCCCGCAGCCGCCGCCGCCGCCGCCGCCGCCUCCUCCUCCUCCUGCUCCUCCUCCCCGUUCCCCUGUUCCCUACCCCCACACCCCUUCCCCCCGAUCCCGGCUCCGUCACUCGCCCGCCCCCCCACACUCAGGAUGAGAAUGCCCUGCCCGGAACAGCCCAGCAGCUCCUAGAUGGCUUUGGUCACGGUCCAGCGGUCGCCUACCCCCAGCACCACCUCCAGCCCCUGCGCCUCGGAGGCAGACAGUGGGGAGGAGGAAUGCCGGUCACAGCCCAGGAGCAUCAGCGAGAGCUUUCUAACUGUCAAAGGUGCUGCCCUUUUUCUGCCACGGGGAAAUGGCUCAUCCACUCCAAGAAUCAGCCAUAGACGCAACAAGCAUGCAGGUGAUCUCCAACAGCAUCUCCAAGCAAUGUUCAUAUUACUUCGCCCAGAAGACAACAUCAGAUUGGCUGUAAGACUAGAAAGUACCUAUCAAAAUCGUACUCGCUAUAUGGUGGUGGUUUCAACUAAUGGCAGACAAGACACUGAAGAAAGUAUCGUCCUAGGAAUGGAUUUCUCUUCUAACGACAGUAGCACUUGUACCAUGGGCUUAGUUCUGCCUCUCUGGAGUGACACCCUCAUUCAUUUGGAUGGUGAUGGUGGGUUCAGCGUUUCAACAGAUAACCGAGUUCAUAUUUUCAAACCUGUGUCUGUGCAGGCAAUGUGGUCUGCUCUACAGAGUCUACACAAGGCUUGUGAAGUGGCCAGGAUGCAUAACUACUACCCAGGCAGUCUGUUUCUCACCUGGGUGAGUUACUACGAGAGCCAUAUCAACUCGGAUCAGUCCUCGGUUAACGAGUGGAAUGCAAUGCAGGAUGUGCAGUCCCACCGGCCUGACUCUCCGGCUCUCUUCACAGACAUACCAACAGAACGUGAGCGAACAGAAAGGCUUAUUAAAACCAAAUUGAGGGAAAUUAUGAUGCAGAAGGACUUGGAGAAUAUUACAUCCAAAGAGAUCCGAACUGAGCUGGAAAUGCAAAUGGUGUGCAACUUGAGAGAAUUCAAGGAGUUUAUAGAUAAUGAAAUGAUAGUGAUCCUUGGUCAAAUGGAUAGCCCUACACAGAUAUUCGAACAUGUAUUCUUGGGCUCAGAAUGGAAUGCCUCGAACUUAGAGGACUUACAGAACAGAGGGGUACGGUAUAUACUGAACGUCACUCGAGAGAUAGAUAACUUCUUCCCAGGAGUCUUUGAGUAUCAUAAUAUCCGGGUAUAUGAUGAAGAGGCAACGGAUCUCCUGGCAUACUGGAAUGACACAUACAAAUUCAUCUCGAAAGCAAAGAAACAUGGAUCUAAAUGUCUUGUGCACUGCAAAAUGGGAGUGAGUCGCUCUGCCUCCACUGUGAUUGCCUAUGCAAUGAAGGAAUAUGGCUGGAAUCUGGACCGAGCGUAUGACUACGUGAAGGAGAGACGCACAGUGACCAAGCCCAACCCCAGCUUCAUGAGACAACUGGAAGAAUACCAGGGCAUCUUGCUGGCAAGCAAACAACGGCAUAACAAGCUCUGGAGAUCUCAUUCAGACAGCGACCUCUCAGACCACCAUGAACCCAUGUGCAAACCAGGGCUGGAACUGAAUAAGAAGGAGAUCACCACCUCCGCAGACCAGAUUACUGAGGUGAAGACCAUGGAGAGUCACCCACCCAUACCUCCCGUCUUUGUGGAACAUAUUGUCCCACAGGAUGAAAACCAGAAAGGCCUGUGUACCAAAGAAAGAAUGAUCUGCUUUGAGUUUACUUCCAGGGAAUUUCGUGCUGGACAGAUUGAAGAUGAAUUAAACCUAAAUGACAUCAAUGGAUGCUCAUCAGGGUGUUGUCUGAAUGAAGCAAAGUUUCCUCUUGAUAACUGCCAUGCAUCCAAAGCCUUAAUCCAACCUGGACAGGUUCCAGAAAUGGCCGGCAAGUUCCCAGACUUAACAGUGGAAGACUUGGAGACAGACGCACUGAAAGCAGACAUUAAUGUCCACUUACUGCCUAUGGAAGAGUUGACAUCUCGCCUGAAAGAUCUUCCCAUGUCCCCUGAUCCUGAGUCACCAAGCCCCCAACCAAGUUGCCAGGCUGAAGUCUCAGAUUUCAGUACAGAUCGCAUUGAUUUUUUUAGUGCCCUUGAGAAGUUUGUAGAGCUCUCCCAAGAAACCCGGUCCCGGUCUUUUUCCCAUUCAAGGAUGGAGGAACUGGGAGGAGGAAGGAGUGAGACCUGUCGACUGUCAGUAGAAGUAGCCCCCUGUGAAGGGACUGCUGAUGACCAGAGAAGCAGCUCUCUGAGUAACACUCCCCAUGCAUCUGAAGAAUCUUCAAUAGAUGAGGAACAGUCAAAGGCAAUCCCAGAACUGGUCAGUCCUGACAUCUUCAUGCAAUCUCACUCAGAAAAUGCAAUUUCAGUCAAAGAAAUCAUCACUGAGAUUGAAUCCAUCAGUCAAGGAGUUGGGCAGAUUCAACUGAAAGGAGACAUCCCUUCCAAUCCUUGCCACACACCAAAGAAGAAUUGUGUCCAAGAGCUGCCCCUUGAGAAGGCCCAGACCCUGGAAAACAAACCUGGAAAUAUGGAGCAGAAUGACAAUUCCUGUCCCACCCAGCCUGAACUAGCCAAAGACUCAGGAAAGGGGGACCCUGAAGGCUGCCUAAUCCCGCACUCAUCCACAGACUUGGAAGAGGAAGAAGCAGCAGAGGGGGACCAAGAGCUCGGGGGCCAAGGGGUGCAUCCCAGUGCCAAGUGGUGCCCUGGGUCUGUCAGACGAGCCACCUUGGAGUUUGAGGAGCGGUUGCGGCAGGAGCAAGAGCACCAUGGUACUGCCUCUGCUUGUACCUCAUUGUCCACUCGCAAGAACUCCAAGAAUGAUUUUUCUGUGGCAGACCUCGCACUAAAAGGGAAGAGUGAUGAAGCCACCCUUGAACAUUCAUUGGCCCCCAAGGAACUAGAGAUGAGCAAGAGCAAAGGGAAAUGUGGUGGGGCGGCGUCUGGCUCACUCCCCGACUCUGAGCAAAAUGCCUUUGUCCCCACCACCGAGCUGCAGGCCUCUUACCCCUUACCAGUCCCCCAGGAGAGCCCAGGGCUAGAUACUAAAACCAAGCAAGAGGACGUCUUGAAGGAGCAGAGGACUCUAGUUUCCUGCCAGGGGUCUGACACAUGGGCUGUCCCUGUCCCCCUGCCCAAGAAGAUAGAAAUCAUUGAGUAUACCCAUACGGUGACGUCGCCAGAUCACACAGGCAUGAGGGGUGACAUAGCCACCCCUGAAAAGAGUGGGGAGCAAGCAACAAGGAAGGUGAAAGUGGAGAAGACCAUCACUGUUGUCUGUGCCCUGGAUGAAAAUUUGAACCAGACUCUAGGUCCCCAGCAGGUUUCUCUGCAGCCCCACGUGCUACCUCGGCCACCUCCUUCCUCCCCCGAGCACAGCAGGUGCACUGAGCCGCCCCCCACCUUGAGCAACCCCGAAGAUGGGGGCCACGGCCCCCCAGCCGCGCGGGACACAGCAGCACCUUUUGUCAGUCACACAACCCAUGUGCCGUCUGCCAGUUUGGAUUACCUACACCCCCAGACUGUGGUUCACCUGGAAGGCUUCACGGAGCAGAGCAGCACCACAGACAGCGAGCCCUCCACAGAGCCAGGCUUCGGGGAAGGCAGGCACGAGGCGCUCCUUUCUGGGGGCAAAGAGACACCCUCCAUGGGCUCCCUGUUAAGCAGUGAAGACCUAAGUUUAAUUAGCAAACUGGGUGACAGUAUCGAGGACUUAGCAGAAAAACUGGACCCGUCCCCUGGAGCCCAGCCACUCCCACACAGCUCUAGUAGUGACAGUCUAAAGGGUCUCAGCCACAGCCCCGGCAUGGUGAAGGAGCGCACUAAGGAAAUCGAGUCCCGGGUGGUUUGCCAGGCAGGGCUCCCCAAACCGUCCCAAAUGAAGCGUUCCAUGUCCCUCGCCAAGUUAGGUUACUUGGACCUGUGUAAAGACUGUCUCCCAGAAAGGGAGUGUGUCUGCUCCGAGGCCCCUCAUCUCAAACUGCUUCAGCCCUUCGUCAGAACAGACUCAGGCAUGCACACUGUAGUGGGCCCAGAGCCCCCCCAAAACACAGAUGCCUCCCAGAACCCAGAGCCCACUAAGUAUUUUGUAGAGCAACUCAAAACAACAGAGUGUAUCGCGCAGAGCAAGCCAGUGGAGAAGCCCCUGGUACAGUAUGCCAAAGAAUUUGGUUACAGUAAGCAGUGUUUGCCCCCCAGGGCAGGGCCUGAAUUGACUAGCUCUGAAGGAGGCCUUCCCUUGCUGCAGACCCAGGGGCUGCUGGGCGCACGCCCUGCUCCUGGGCUGGCUGUGGCCCCUCGUCAGCAGCAUGGCAGAACUCACCCCCUUCGAAGACUGAAAAAGGCAAAUGAUAAAAAACGGACAGCCAACCCCUUCUAUAAUACCAUUUGAUUCUGAGCCUACACAUGUGACUUUCUUAAAUCCUUGUAAAAGGGGCAGGUGUAAUAUAUUCUGAAUGUUUGGGAUCAUUCCUAGCAUCUCAGCCUCUUCGGGCUCUUUAGCAUUUUCCUGACUCUGUACUUUUAUCCCAACUGGUAAUUCCUCUUUCUCAUUUUGGGAACUACCACAAGCUCCAAGGACAGCCUGAGGAUGCCAGCCCAAGCUCUGAGGUCUCCUCCUGAUAAAGGAUCCCAGACAGAUGCUUUGGGGUAGACUUCAUGGAAAUCUUUGCCUGUUUCAUCAGAGAAUUUCAGUUCCGAAGUGAUCUAAGCAUGUUUGGUAAAGACGUUUUUGUGACGAUUGUUUAUCUUUUUCCUUUCAAGAAAGUAUUAUGCAAAAAGGGUCACUUAUAAGGGCAUUUUUUUUAUUUCAAUAAAGCCAUAAGUUGGCUUUUUUUUCUUUUCUUUUUUGGACAGCUAUUUUGUGGAUACUUUGUUUACAUUGUGAGUAUUAAAAUGUUCCUCAUCUUGACAGCCGCUCAGUCUCCCCUGCCCCUCCAGGCACCCGCACUGGCUGUCCUGUCUGUCCUCCAUGUGGUGAUCAGCCCUGGGGGGGUGAGCGGGGAACCCUGGAACCAGCUUCCAUCCGUGUCCUGCACUCCCCUCCAACACUUUGUGUGCAAAUAGUCCUUUCCUCAGUGAUGGUGGCUUCUAGUGAUGGUUAUAAUGGUGAAUGACUAGUAUCGUUUUUUCAUUUUGUUUUGCUUUUUGAUAAUAGAUGAGAUGAAAUAUUAGCGCUUUCAGCACCAAUCUAAAACCACAUUGGGCUUUGUUUUCCCUGCCAAACUAAAAAAGAUCAAGGCAUGCCUUGGCAUAAAUGUAUUUGCUUCAACUCAACCAGCGCCCAUAUUUGGAAAAAAAACCUUCUGCGAAAGCAGAAGGCUCACACUCCUUACCCUUCUCCCAGGGACGGGGUCCCUCGAUGCCAUGGAGAGCCAAUGCCAGGUGCUUCUGUGCCUUUCCAGCCUGGAGUGGAGGGUGACUGGGCUCCUCUUGUGAAAACAGCACCAGCCUCACUUUCUCUACCCCAGAGAUCUAGGACAGGCUUUCUAGACUGGAAUUGUCCUUCAUCAACUUGAAGUUGCCCCCUGGAGGUGUGGCUAGUGCUGCCAUCUUCAUCCCCACAGUAGCACUGGGGGCAGCAUCCUAUGUGCACAGAAAGAGCUGAUGCCCAAAUUGAAAACUGCAGAACUGGCCCUGAGUGAUUCCCAAUCAAUAAGCCCACAGGAAAUUGUUUGUUAUAUUGGAUUUUGAUUUGCUUGGCAUAGCUUAAGGUGCCUUUUCUUUUCCUUUCUUAUUUUUUUUAAUAGCCUUUCUUUGUAGGGCUUGUUUUAAAUAUGGAAAACAAGUCCACAAAACUCUCCCACUGACUGUUACCUUUGCCCCAGGCUACCCCAAACUUUUAUGCUCACAUUUUAUUAAAUAAAGCAGGUGCUCCCUGGAAUCUCUGGGACCUUUUUGAGGCAUUUGAAGCAGAAUAUAAAGAGUGGUCUCAUCUCCUUCCUUAAUCUUCUUGGUGGUCGGGAUGUUCCACUUGUAUCAUAGAUUUUUUUAUUACUGAUGUGCUCCGCUGUUUUUAAAUGUGAACUUGUGCGCAAAUGUGCAGAUUCAAUGUUCUUGUUACAGAUUGAAUAAAUUUUUAUUUUGAAGAUGA